CCUCUGUUCAGGACGGGUCCGCCUGUGGGACCCAGAAUCCUCUGCGCCGAGGCAAGAUGGAAGAGCCCAGCAGCUGCGGGAAAACAAUGUUUUGGCUCUAGAUGUUGAAAGGGACAGCUGAGGGCCAACUAAACGAGCCAAAACAGCAGGUCAUGCUCCUGCACCGGAUGACACUGAUUGCCACCCCAUAGUUUUCCUGCCCGCCGGCUUUCACCAUGAACAUCAUUCAAGACAAACUAGGAAAUGAAUUCCUGCGCUCCAACGGGGGUAUGGACUCCAAUUUCGGCCCUGGCAUGAUUAUGUUCAGCCACCUCCCGCCGGUGACUAGUUUCACCCGGCUGGCCGCCCACUCUGUAAUGCAGGACCUUCCACCACAAGAAAUGAUCCUGAAGAAGGAGCGUGACUCGCCUGACUGCAGCAUGGGCACCCAGGGUGGCAGCCUGGGCUGUGCAGGGGUGGGAGAUUAUGUUCACACCAUGGGUAUCAAGCAAGAGAAGCUGUCAGAGCACGAUUAUCGCCUGCCGCUCUACCCUGGAGGGCUGGGGAAGAGCACGGAGCUGCUGGAGGUGACAGUCAGUAACAACCAGAGCCUGCUGGUGCAUGACCUCAACAUGGGCAACCUGCCGAGUCAGUUAGGAAAGGAGCCCACUGGGAGAAAAGGUCGAAGGUCAAAUGGUGAUGGACAGGAGGGUAAACCAAGAAAGAGGAGAAGCGAGGCGAAGCAAUCAAUGAUGCUGGAUGCAGAUGGAGGCAGCCUGUCGCCAGGAACCAAGCCUCACAUCUGUGAACACUGCACUGCAUCAUUCAGAAGCUCCUAUCACCUACGCAGACAUGUCCUCAUUCACACAGGUGAAAGACCCUUCAGAUGCAGCCAAUGCAACAUGAGUUUCAUUCAGAAGUACCUUCUCCAGCGACACGAGAAAAUCCACAGUGGAGAGAAGCCAUUCAGCUGUGACCAGUGUAACAUGCGAUUCAUUCAGAAGUAUCACAUGGAGAGGCACAAGAGGACGCACAGCGGAGAGAAGCCGUACAGAUGUGAGACCUGCCAACAGUAUUUUUCUAGGACAGACCGACUGCUGAAGCACAAGCGAACCUGUGGAGAAGCCAUAAAGAAGGGGCUGGAUCCUGGGAUGAUGGACCUGGGUUGUGUUGACAUGGGACAUGGCAGCUAUGGAAUCACUCAGGGAAAUGCUGGGAACAAUGGCAGAAAGAGGGGGAAGUCCAAAAAUUGUGGAGAGGGAGGGGAGCGCAAAAAGAAGAAGGGGGAUGGAGGAGCGGCGAGGGUACCACACAUUCAUGACUCUGUAUCUGGAGGCUACAGCAUCCAUGAAUACUCUAUGGAAAAUCAAACAGUAUCUUCCUCUACCGAGCCAGGACCCAGCAUGCAGCAGAGCCACCAGGGCCGAGCUCCAAAGAUGGCAUUCAAGAAGGCCAAUCGCAAGAGUCUGGCCAAAGCAGGCCCGUUGGAGCAGAGUGUGGGCAUGGAUGGACUUGGCCUCAUGCAGAGUAAUGGGGCCAAAGUUGGCACCAGCAGCAACUAUGACGACGCCAUGCAGUUUCUGAAGAAGAGACGCUACCUUCAUGCAGCAAACAAUGCAAACCCAUCAGGGCCUGCGGUGGCUGGAGGAGCCAGCAGUGAGUACGACGUUGGUGUUAGUCAUUUGUCUUCCCAGCCGACUGUCAUCCAGGGUGUCGUUUCCAGUGUGAUGGACAAUGACACACCUCUCAGUCUCGACAAGUCAGGGAUCCCCGAUGAGGUGCUGCAGAGCCUCCUUGACCACUACACACAGAAACCAGACGGCUCGCACCACGAUGUUCACUUUGACAUCAGUGACCAGCAUGUGGAGCUGAACCCUGCCUCAGCAGACGGGCCUGACCUUGGCCACAGCACCGAGAACCCCAGCCCAUCUGGAGACAAGACCGUCAUGAUGCAUGAAUAUUCCCGCUUCCUGCUACAGGCUUUGGAGCGCACCAGCCACAGCACCAGCUUCCCUCUGGGCCCUGGGCCUUCUGCCUCAGGACCGUUCACCAGUUCCCACCCAGAAAACCCCAUCUACGCUGACAAGAACAUCUACACUACGUCCCCACUGGAGUGUGGGUUUGGCCAGUCAGUGGCCUCGCCUUCGCUGCCCUCCUCUGUGCCAAAGUCUCACUUUGCGAUGCUGACGGGCUCCUCACCACAGCACAGCUUCCACCUGAGCAGCCUGGAGCCCUCCUCACACCAGCAGCUCACCCCGUCUCAGGAGCUCACUGACCAGAUGGAGAAGCAGCACUCCUCCACUCCCCCCUCCUCCUACCAGAUCAGCCAAUCUGAAAUGAGCAGCCAGAAGGACCAACCGCAGGUCAAGAACGGCACGGCGGUCUACCCUCUGGCUCCCUCGCAGGAUCUGGCCCCUCUGGACUCUUCCAAGCCUUCAUACCAGAUAGAAAACUUUGCCCAGGCCUUUGGCUCCCAGUUCAAGUCAGACGGCCGCGGCUUGUCUUAUGGCACUGACUCUAGCGGGGAAGUGGAUCACAGGAUACGGACGCCUGUGUCUGAAUUCUCAGGGUAUAGUAGUUUGUUAUCUGAUGUCAAUGAGCCAGUAAGUACAGGUUCCAAAACUCCAACAAGCCAAAGCUACAGAUGAGAGCCUGAGAGGGAGAGAACACACUGUCGUUAGAGUUGAUGUUCUUGUUUUAAUUUUUUAGUGCUCCUAUUUUAUUAUUAUUAUUAUUAUUAUUAAUAUUAUUAUUAUUAUUGUUUUUUUUAAGUGACAUCUUUAUUUUAAUUAUACUGAUGCUCUGUUUUUGUGCCCACUCCUCUCCCCACAAUAAGCCUGCAAGGCUCCUUGCAAAUGCAAUUUUUUUAAGUAUCUGUUAUUUUUAAGUUAAAUAUGUAUUGACUGUUUAUUCUCGUCAUAUUAGUGACAUUAGGUGUAGUCAUUAAUCAUGAACUGAAAGUACUUUUUAAGUAAGUGUAGUGUAGCGCCGGACGUCUUUCUUUUCCAAUGAGCUGAAGUGUUUGAGCAAUCAACUUUACAACUGUAAAAUGAAAAUGGAAGUAAUGGCAGGGAAUAGCCCAGAAUUGAAAUAGCAAAAAAAAAAACAAAAAAAAAAAAAAACAAAACAAACAAACAUAGAAGUUAUUGUCUGUUACAAGGUUAAAAGUAUUACUCAGGAAAAAGUGGAAAAGGAGAAGCCUACGAGGUGCAGUGAGCACGGUUUUCAGAAGUUUGCGACUUCAAAGAGGAUUUUUCUUAUGUUUUGUUACUUGUUGAAUGAGUGUGACAAAAACAGACUGCUGCCAGCUCACUUGAACACUGAAACACUUUCUACUUGGCUAUAUAGAGAUUAUGGUACUUUCGUGUCAAUGUGAAACUCAUGUUUUCUUCAAUAAGGGCCAUAUAUAUAUCUAUAUAUAUUUAUAAGAAUAUAUAUUAAUGUAAAAUAACAGAUUUAAUCAUUCUGGGGAACUGCCAGUUGAAGUACAGGGAGAACGAGGGCUGGUUCAGGGGGUAAAUGUUGUCCUUGGUAUAUUUUUGGAGAACAAAAGUGAUGUUAGGGCUUUUCUUUGGCCAAUAGAGGUUGCUGUUGGACAGCGAUAGAAUGGCCUUCCCUUUUUCCUGCCCUCCUCUUCUUCCUCAGUUCUCUUAUUUCUUUAAAAAAAAAAAUCCAAUUAGCACUUUGAGCCGUUUUCGUACAUCAUGUAAAGUACCCCAUCGGAUCAAGGAAGCUCUAAUAUCAGGAAUGGACUGGCUUUUUGACUGAGACAUUGUUGUUUGGGUAAAUGCAGAUGAGGUUGGAACAUAUUCUGGAUGGAUGCUGGGAAUACCCUUUGUUUGGGUAGCAUGGUUUAUAUGGGCUAAUGGGUGGGGAGGGUUGACAUGUGAA